AUGAUCGAGUAUUUCAUGUCGAAUGGUCCAGUAGAAAACGAGUACAGUUCGCCGUCUCACGAACAUAUCGAAUUGGUUGACGUGCUGUGGAGAAGUGUCAUUGCUGAAGAGGAGGGCACACGACAAGUUUCUCCUGCUGGUCAGUACAAAUGUGAUUUGCAUACGUUGACGGAGAAGUUUACAGUAGCGCCACUCACUGUCCAAGAGAAAUCUCUACUUGAAGAUCUUACGAAAGGAGUAUAUGAUGGAUUCUUUGAGUCACUCAAUGAAAAUCAGUAUAAGCAGAAACAUCAGCAACAACAAGAACAAACAAAGGCUCCAACUCAAAAAAUGGAAGAGGAUCUUGUUCAGUUUUUCGAGGAUGUUACAAUAAAAGAAGAUCAAUUGAAGCAGCUUUUUGAUAAUAAUCCAGUAAUCAAUAAUUUACCUCUAUCAGAAGGAAUUGUUUAUAAUCAGGCGAAUAUGACAGAGAUGCAAGAGUUGCGGGAUUUCUGCAAUCAAUCAUCCAUUUCAACAAUUGCUGCUCAGCCACAGUCUUUUUUCCAUUCUGCCGAUUCACAGACUGUCGAGCAGUGGCUGCCAACAGACGUUGUACUAAACGAAGUGUUCCCAACAUCCAACUACGAGUACAUUGGAAUGCAGAACGAUAGUCUACAGGCAGUUGUCUCAAAUGAGCAGAUUGACUACGCCUACCAAUCUAUUGGUCAGACUCAGACUCCACUCAACAUUGGGUCUACAAUUGGUGGCGGUCCCCAGCAAACUCAAAUGAGCCCAGAAAGUGUUACAGUGACUGCAACAGCGUCAUUCGAUCUGUAUCACUCGCAGAAACACUCGUUUAGUGAACGAACUACUGAUUCGUCAUCAACGUCUCCACGUUCAUCACAAUCUUCGAUUAAGAUCGCACGAGUCGUUCCACUGACCGGCGGACAACGCAAGCGGGGACGUCAAUCCAUAGAUGAACAGCUCGCUAGUGACAAUGGGCUUCCAGUGUCAGCAUUCCAGAUCUCGGAGAUGUCACUGAGCGAGGUGAAACAAGUGCUGAAGGACGAGAGUCUCAACGAGUAUCAAAUACAGUUGAUUCGCAAGAUUCGUCGACGCGGAAAGAACAAGGCUGCUGCUCGCACUUGCCGUGAGAGACGCAGGUCGAAACCUUACUAA